GUUUCUGCUGUAAAAAUGUCGGAUAAAAAGUUUAGUAAAGAUGAAUUAGUGCCUCCGAAAUGGUUAAACGAGGAAUUUUUAGUAAAAGUCCUGAAACAUCACGAAAAAUGUGACGAAAUACAGGUCAAUGAGUUGAUUAUCAGUCCAGGAACUGCUCCGGGCGAGCAUUUUGCGUCAAUUAUGUUCAAAAUUGAUGUUUCCUAUGAGUUUAAAGAUACAUCCAAGGGUCAUUCGAAGUUUAUUUUGAAAACUCUACCCGUUGAAGAAGGCGUUAAAAUGGAUUUUUUGAAGGAUAGUACGGCUUUUCCCACGGAAAUUUACAUGUAUGAGGAGAUCUUACCAAAAAUGCAUGCCUUGCUGCGUGAAAAAGGAGAUGAUACAGUUUUUGCUCCUGAGCUCGUUUAUCACACUGACACUCCAUCUCAAGUUAUAAUUUUGAAAGAUUUGACUCCUGAUGGUUUCCGCACAUACGAGAAUCCAUUAGAAAUGGAAGCUGCCAAAGUCAUUACGGAAAAACUCGCCAAAUUUCACGCUUGUUCCGUGUUUUUGAAUGAAAACGGAACUCCAAUCGACUCCAUGACCGACAGUUACGUUAAACCAGCACCCGGAAAGCCCAGAUUUGCUGAUGAAUGGAUGUCUCCGGGACUAAAAUUAGCAAUUUCUCACUUCAGUAAAUGGGAGGGAUGCGAAAAAAUUGUUGAAAAGUUGAUAGAAUGUCAAAAAACAUUCGCUGACAGAUUUACAGAAGUUUUUGUUGAACCAAAUGGUCAAGCAUAUAAGGUUUUGAAUCACGGCGAUUUUCAUUUCAAGAAUUUAAUGUAUCGAAAUGACGGAAAAGUUGCUCAGGAUCUUUUGAUGAUUGACUUCCAAUUUUGCUUUUUUGGUACUCCAGCUGUCGAUUUUAUAUCCAUGUUAUGCCAAAUUGUCGACAAAAAAGUUCGUGACACUCACAGAGAUGAAAUUCAAGCACUUUAUUUUGAGACCUUUGUUGCUACUUUGAAACUUUUAGACUUUAAAGGCAAAUUUCCGACGUUGGAAGACUUUGAUAAUGAAAUAAAACGCUGUGGAUUUUUGGAAUUUGCGUUGAUCAUCUGUUACGGCGCCUAUUUUUACCUGGAUUGGAGAGAGGCUGAUAUCAUGGCAGCCAUGGAAACAAAUGAUCCGUAUGGUCCAACAGUUCCUGUAUGGGAGAAAAAUGAAGAAUGGAAGGAAUAUGUUACAAAAUUCGUCGAAGAUAUGAUCAAUAAAGGAUUUUUAGAUUAA